CUCAAUUUCUGUUUAAAAUAAAAUUAAAGGAGCUAAACUUAAUAAUAAAAGACACCCUUCAAAUCUAACCUAGAAGAAUAACAUUACUCCGUGUGAAUGCGCGUGGGGAUGUGGCCCAUUUGUAUUUGCGAUCCAAUGACAAACAAGUAACGGAGAAAAUGAACUUAGCCGAGGUGAGUUUCUGGGUGGGGUUAUGAAUUGAGAGGGUUGGACUUUGUCGGUUCCUAUCUAACCAUGGUUAAAGGUGGGGCAGUUCACCAGGUUGGGUUAAGUUGAAACGUGAGGAGGGGGCCGGGGGACAUGCAACGUCAUACUCUAAAUAAUGAUAAUGAAUUAUUAUUUGGGUUCAGUGGCACUUUCAAUGCUUGGUUCUCUUCACAAACAAGGAUUUUGCCAAGAAGUUUCUUGGUCUUCUUUUUCUGAUGCACCGCGGCAUCGAAGCAGUGGCUUACGAAGAAGUUUCUUGGCCUUCCUUUUAUAAUCCAACGUGGAAUCAGAGUUGUGGUACGGCAGUUCUGCAACACUAGCAAUUUUUUCUACAGUCCUGCAUACAUAGAGCAUAACUUCUUCCAUGGUGGCCUUCCAUCAGUGCACUUACGAUUCAUUUUUGAGUUUUAGAGGCCAAGAUACUCGCAGUGCUUUUGCUGCCCAUUUAUAUGAAGCUUUGCGUCGAAAUGAUAUCAACACCUUCAUGGAUGACAAGCUUAAACACGGAGGGGAAAUUUCACAAUCACUUCUCAAAGUCAUUGAAGAAUCAACAAUUUCGAUCAUUGUACUCUCUAAAAACUACGCAUCAUCCCCGUGGUGCUUGGACGAGCUGAUGAAGAUCCUCGAGUGUAGAAAAACAAGGGGGCAACAAGUUCUACCCUUGUUCUAUAACGUAUAUCCGUCGGAAGUACGGAAUCAAACCAACAGCAUUGGAGAAGCAUUUGCUAAACUUGAAGAAAGGUAUAAGCAUGAUCAAAUGAAGUUGCGAAGGUGGAAGACAGCUCUAUCACAAGUGGCCAAUUUGUCUGGGAGACUUUUGGGGAACAAUAUUUCUAACUCUUUUUAUCUUAUCAGAAAGAACUCUAAAUUCAUUAGAGAUUUCAUUUGCAUUAAGAUCAUAUUUUGAAAAUUAGUCAUUUUUAACUCAACGUAUUCUUACAAAUUUUGAUUGGUAGGAAUGAACCUGAAUUUAUUCGCGAAAUCAUUCAAUGGGUCAAUUCAAUAUUGGUAAAAGAUAGAAGAAAUCGAGCAGUAGUUCGUGCAUU